AUGGAGAAAUCUUCUGUUUCUGUCGAUGGGCACUCUCUUCCUGGUAUCAUCGAGAUGUAUGUUAACGAAGGAGCCCUUGACAAAGCAAAUAAUAUGCUUCAGAAAUUUCUAAUGAACGGUGUACCAUCAUCAAGUAUAUGUGCUGCAAUUAUGGAUGCUUUUGCUGAAAAGGGACAUUGGCUUGAAGCCGAGAAUGUGUUUUAUAGGGAAAGAGGUGUGUCAGGGCAGAGAAGGGAUGUCAUAGAAUACAAUAUCUUGAUCAAAGUGUAUGGCAAAGGAAAACUUUACAGCAAAGCUGUUUCUGUCUUCAGAGGAAUGAAGAAUCAUGGGACUUGGCCUGAUGGUUGCACUUAUAAUUCUCUCAUUCAGAUGUUAUCCGGUGCUGAUUUAGUCUAUCAGGCAAGAGAUCUCAUGGUUGAAAUGCAAGGGAUGUCAUUUAAGCCGCAUUGUCAGACUUUUUCUGCUGUUAUUGCAUCCUAUGCUUGUCUCAGUCAGCUUUCUGAUGCUGUCAGUGUGUACCAGGAAAUGCUACGAGCCGGAGUAAAACCAAAUGAGGUUGUGUAUGGAUCUUUAAUAAACGGAUUUGCAGAAUACGGUAGUCUUGAGGAGGCACUUUGGUAUUUCAACAUUAUGGAAGAAUCCGGAUUAUCUGCCAAUUUAGUUGUGUUGACAUCCUUGCUAAAGUCUUAUUGUAAGGUUGGGAACUUGGAAGGAGUAAAAGCGAUUUAUGAAUGGAUGCAGAACUUGGAAGGUGGUCUUGAUUUAGUUGCGUGCAAUAGUAUGAUCAGUCUCUUUGCAGAUCUCGGAUUGGUAUCCGAAGCCAAGAUGGCUUUCAAGAAUUUGAGAGAAAAGGGCUGGGCAGAUGGGAUUUCAUACGUGACAAUGAUGUAUCUUUAUAAAGAUAUGGGAAGGAUCGACGAGGCCAUUGAGAUUGCGGAGGAGAUGAGGCUUUUAGGUUUACUGAGGGAUUGUGUUUCAUAUAAUAAGGUAAAGGUUUGUUAUACCACUUAUGGACAGCUUUAUGAGUGUGGUGAACUAAUACAUGAGAUGAUAUCUAAGAAGCUUUUGCCAAAUGAUGGAACUUUUAAAGUGUUGUUCACUGUAUUAAAGAAGGGAGGGUUUCCAAUUGAAGCAGUUGUGCAGUUGGAAUCAUCUCUGAAGGAGGGGAAGCCUUAUGCGCGCAAGCUGCGAUCACUGCUUUAUAUUCUUUAG